GCGAAAACUAAACACGCGCGAGUCGCAAACACAAAGGUAAAAUAAGGCACGAGGCAACACGCGCGGCAUGAAAUAAAAAUUCUUAAGAAUUUUGUCUCUUGCAAAACAUAUUAUUAGCUAAUGGAUGGUGGUCACCAUUACCCUUAUGUCAGUCAUUUAUUUAUCAUACUUUUCGACACUUCUACAAGAAAGUUUGACGCUCUACAGUUCUCUAAAUUUCAACGGAUUCAAGUUAAAAAAAGGAAGAAAUUAAUAAAACAAUUUUGAUGAUAUUAACUGAGUUAAUGUUGAAAGAUUUAAUUCCCAAAAUUGGUCAAAGAGCCAAGUUUAUUAAUGAGUUGGAAAAACUAAAAAUACUAAGUUCAGAAGUUCAGUUAAAAAAUGAAAUAUUAUUGACAUUUUAGUCAAUGAUGAACAUGACUGUUGUGACAGAUGAAAAAGAUGUAUCAUAUUACAAUGUAACCACAGAGCCAUUUCAAAAUAAUGCAAUUGAUACUUUAAAUAUUAUUCAACAAGAAACUAAUCAGUCAGAUCAUUUUAUUAAAAAAAACAUUGGAGCAAUACCAAGAUGGUCUCUUUAUACUACAACACUUCAAGUCAUAUGGGUCAUUAAAUUCAAAAAUGAGAAACCGACUUUGUGGAAUAUUAAUAAAAGAUGAACUUUUUAAAACUAAAGGUGCAAAUAAAAUUGAGAAGACACAAUUUUCGAAAAUUGCAAAUGGUAUAGAAGAAUUCUUUCCUUCAGAAAACAAAUACGUCUAUUCCAUCCCUUAUUAUAAAGAAGGUAAUAAAGUGAGUCCUAAUCGAGGAAAAUUGUAUGACAAAUAUUGCAAUUUAAAAAACGAGAUAAAGAAAAUAUAUUUUCAAAGUAAUAAAAAACAUAAUAAGGACAAUGAAGUUUUUAUCAAUGAAGAAGAUUCAAUAAAUUGGCUAAAACAUAAUAUAGAACCAGAAAUCAUUUUACACCAGUUAUGGGCUGAAACUGCUCAUUACAGAAAUACUAAGCUAAUCAACGAAAAUGCUAUUCACAAAUAUCCAGCUUUAAAAAAGGCAAUAGGUCACAUACUUAUUGAUAUGGAUUUUUCUCACUUAUUUCCAUCGAAAGACCAAUAUCUUUUACAAAAAUUUGAUGUAUUCAAAAAUAAAUUAAAAACAUAUUUUAAAGGACAGUUAAAUUUAAAUGUGUUUGAACAAAAUAUAAUUAAAAAAAUUAUAUUACCUGCUAAAUUAGGUAAUGAUGAUUUAGCAACUAUUCAAAUUCUUCCAUACCUAUUCAAACCAGUGAAUAUUAAAAUUCCAAAGAAGACUGCCAAUGAGGACAAUCAAAAAACAAUUAAAUAUUGUAUGCAGAAACCAUCAAAAUUAGAACAAGCUAGUGCUGUGAUAGUCAAUAUCACAAAUAGUAAUGACAUCAAGACAACCCAUGAACAAAAAGUGAAUAGAGCAUUUAUUAAUAAUUUAACUGUUCAACCAUAUAUCGCCAUCGUGGGGAAUAUUGAAGAUGCUAGUAGUAUAAUGAACUACUAUACUGUAAUUGACAAUAUUUAUUUCGAAACACCAAUUAAGGCGUUAGAUAUUUGUUUUAAAUCAUUCCAUGCAUUAAAUUUAAAUUAUCCUCCAGAAGCUGAGCAGGUUUGGUGGUUUAUUCAGGGUUAUUUUUUUGAAAUAGCAAAUGUUCAUAAAAAAAAAUUUGUGACUGUUCAAACUUUAGCUAAAGAUUUGCAAUAGCAGUUUC